GCUGCCCUGGAGCUGCCUGCUUCCGGCGGCCCACCUCCUGGACAAGAGGGAACAGCUCCGCUCCGCAUUACUUCUCGGAGGAGGGGCGAGCACGGCCGUAACACAGCUCCUCGGCCUGAGGGAACGGCAGGCACCUUCAGGUUUCAGUUCUGGUGAAAGAAAUUAAGAGUGUGUACAUCCUGAAUAAACCUUCCAUGAGAGUUUUCUGGUGCUUCAGGAGUGUGUGACUGAAGGAGUCCAGCCACCAAGUGAGGAGGGUGCCGAAGGUUAUUGACUGGCCUUGUCAGCAGAAGACGUGGUUUUCUACUUGCCUGCUCUAAGAUGGUGACUGCCAAGGUGUGGGUUCUGAAGAAACAUUUUGAGGGAUUCCCCAAAAUGAGUGACUUUGACCUGAAAAACAUAGAGCUGCCAAACAUAAAGGAUGGAGAAUUGCUGCUUGAAUCAGUGUUUCUCAGUGUUGAUCCUUACAUGAGACCUUACAGUCGAAGGGACAUGAAGGAAGGGGACAUAAUGAUAGGCACACAGGUUGCCAGGAUUGUAGAAAGCAAGAAUCCUGCUUUCACAGUGGGCGCCUUUGUUGUGGGUAGAAGUGGCUGGAGAACUCAUUUCAUCUCUGAUGGGAAAGACCUACAACUCCUUCCUUCUAAUUGGCCGGAAUCACUCCCCAAAUCUCUGGCUCUUGGGACGGUUGGCAUGCCAGGCCUCACUGCCUAUUUUGGCCUGCUGGAGGUCUGCAAGAUGAAGCCAGGAGAGACGGUGCUGGUUAAUGCUGCAGCUGGCGCAGUGGGCUCUGUGGUGGGGCAGCUUGCUAAGAUUGGGGGUUGCAAAGUGGUUGGCUGUGCUGGCUCAGAUGACAAGGUUGCCUAUCUGAAAGAAUUAGGCUUUGAUGAAGCCUUUAAUUACAAGACUGUUACAUCUUUGGAUGAAGCACUGCGUAAAGCCUCUCCUGAUGGCUAUGACUGUUUCUUUGACAAUGUGGGUGGAGAAUUUGCCAGUGUUGCUAUCAACCAGAUGAAGAAAUAUGGAAGGAUUGCAGUCUGUGGAGCCAUCUCUCAGUACAACGAAUCUGUGCCUCAGAAAGGGCCUUACAUUCAGGUUCCAAUGAUCUUCAAAGAGCUUCACAUGGAAGGGUUUAUUGUGUCCCGCUGGAGUAACCGCAGGGAGGAAGGUCUGAAGGCACUGCUAAAAUGGGUCGUGGAGGGAAAAGUGAAGUACCAUGAACAAGUCACUGAAGGAUUUGACAACAUGCCAAUGGCUUUCAUUGGAAUGUUAAAGGGAGAAAAUAUUGGAAAAGCUGUUGUAAAAGUCUGAAGGUCACAUAUUCCUGGGAGACUGACACGGGCGAAUGUGAUUCUGUUAAAUGGUUUAGGCUGAUCGAAAGGCAUGUUUCAGUCUUUUUGCUGGAGGUUUGGGGAUGAUAACUUCUGUUAAUAAUCAGGCUAAUAAGUGUAAGUAUAUGCCAGUUGCUUUGCUGCUGAAGAACUCAAGAAUUCCUUCCCAAAGCUACACAAAAAAAGCACCUUAAAACUGCUGAACUUCAUAAUAACUGUAACAGGUAACAGGUAAUUUAAUAGUACCUUGAACCUUCCUGCAAGUUGGAUUGUAGAAGGAAAAAGUAUUGCCAAAAGCUUUGUCAGCCGAUGGCAAAUCUGAUGACUAAUGUUUACUCAUUGAUUUGUCCCAGAACUUGGCAAGAAGGAUUUUUUUUUAAUCAAUAUCAAGAACAGGCUAACAACACCUGUGAGUUCCCAGCUUCCUCACUGGCUGCCUUUUUUUUUUUUUUUUUU